AGGCAGGAAUUAUCUGUAGGAGACACAGCAGUAGUUAGUUCUGUUCUCGUGCCUAGUGUCUCAGGUAUCUAGGGCUGCUGUAGCAGAAGUACCACAAGUGGAUGGCUUUAACAAACAGAAAUUUAUUUCUGCACAGUAUAGGAGGCUAGAAGUCCAAAUUCCAGGGGAAGGCUUCCUCUCCCUGUCACCUUUGUGGAAGGUCCUUGUCUCUUCAGCUUCUGUUUCCUGGUUCCUUGGAGAUUUCCAUGUGGCUUGACUUGACAUCAAUCUUCCCCCCUCUCUGCUUGCUUGCUUGCUUGUUUAAUCUCUUUUAUAUCUCAGAAGAGAUUGACUCAAGACACACCAUGCACUAAUCCUGUCUUAUUAACAUAACAAAGACAGCCCAUUCCCGAAUGGGUUUAUAACCAUAGGCAUAGAGAUUAUGAUUUACAACACAUAUUUUGGGGGGACACAAUUCACUCCAUAACACCUAGUCAGCUCUUAUCAUUUUUAGUGAUUAAAAACAAACAAACAUAAACAAUAGGGCAACAGUCCUGUUCAGGAAUAGAAAUCUUUGAAUCUUAGACCCUGGUAUUAUGGACAAAUGCACCAAGCCAGAACUUUCCCCAUUUUUUGAAGGCAAGAAUCUUACAAAAAAAAAAAUUGUAGAACCAUGAUCCAAGUGGUAUUGCUGUAAUACACAUGAUGAUAAAGCACAUUUUUAUUAGUUUAUUCACUGACCUAUGUUAAGGAGGCUGAAAUAAUAGUAGCGUAAAUAAAUAUUAGAGCAGCAAGGUUGGCAAAAAAAAAUUAGUUAGGGGCUGAGGGCUUUUCUCUAGAAGGUGUUUGUGUGUGUUUAUGUGUGUCCAGAUCAUGAUAAAAAAAAAAAGGCAAAUUAGUUUUCCUUCCUAUAUUGCAUCAAAAAUAAACUUAACUAUUUACUUUUGUGAAGUAAGAAUAGAAGAAAUUGUAAAUCAGGGAUAGAAAAAGAGGACGGAUAUGAGUUCAGAAAUUAUAGGUCCAUACAAACUUAAAAGAUAGAAAAAUCCAGAAAAAAAAGCCCGAAGUCUUAUUUUCUGGUAAAGUUAUGAAUCUUUUUAUAAAAUAGAUUUAACUUAAAAAAAAUAUGAUAUCCAGUUAUUUAAUGAAGCAGAAUCUGCCAGGCGCUCCUUGGAAACUCUAUGGGGCAGUUCUACUCUGUCCUAUAGGGUUGCUAUGAGUUGGAAUGGACUCAAUGGCAGUGGGUGUGUGUGCGUGGUUGCAGUGUCUUUAGGUAGCUGCCUGUUUGUCAUGCAGUAGUAAAACCUGGAAAGAAGACAACAACCACCAAAGUGAGUGCUGUAUUUGAAUAAAUAGACCUAGAAACCCUGGAAGCUAAAACGUGCAGGCAGCACUGUUUUAACCAUUUAAAUAUUCUUUUUAUGAAAAAGUGUUUAAAAGAAAAAGAAAUAAAAAACACUUACUGGUGAGGCAAAAAUUACCAAAACUAAGAAAAAAAAAACAUAACCAAUAAACAGAGAGUGAAAAUUAUGAAAACAUACACAAAGAAACACAGAUGAAAAGAAUUUAGAGAUGAGUAGUACAUUUAUCUUUAAUAAUAGAUCUGCAAAACUAAUGAAGCAAUUCUGAAAAUGGGGAGAGGAAAGCUGUUGAGGAAAGCAUACUGACUAAGGACUGGAGAGCGGAUGGCUAAAUAUGAUGUCAGGACUUACUGUAAUAAUUUACCAGUUAACCAGUUGCUGUCGAGUUGAUUCUGACUCAAGGCAACCUCCAAUGUGUCAGAGUAGAACUGUGCUCUGUAGGGUUUUCAGUGGCUGAUUUUUUGGGAGUAGAUCCCCAUGCCUUUCUUCUGAAGUGCCUCUGAGUGGACCUGAACCUUCAACCUUUUGGUCGAUAGUGGAGAGCAUUAACCAUUUGUAUCACCCAUGGACUCCAUUAAAAUAAUUAGACAACAACAGUUUCUAUUUAUUGAGUGUGUACUGUGUGCUGAACACUAGGCAACACACUUUCCACAAUACCUCCCACUUUCCAACAAUGCAGAAUAGGUAUCAUUGCCAGUGAGGAAACAGGUCAUAGAGGCCGAGUACCAUGACCAAAGUCAAACAGCUAGCAAACGAUAGAGUUUGGAAUUUGCUACCAGAUUUCUCUGACUAGGGUCUUUCUCCUCAACCAUGCUGCUGCUGUGUUGAAAUAUCUGUUAUCUGAAAGUUAGAUCUAUUAAAGAAUCCAAAUAAUACCAUGCAAACCUGAUAGCUUCUGGGCUAUCAAUUUUAAGACAUUUGGUAACAGAAUAGUAGGGGUUUAGACUUUUCUGUGUAUGGGGUUUGGAGAUGCUAUAGUCUUUUGAUCAUGAUAAUCUUAUUAGUGGAAAUCUUUUUGAUGAAACAUGGAAACCAAGAGAUGGCGUCUAAACAUGUUGAAUAUCUGGUAUCGGUCAAUAAACGACGCUAGACUCUGAAACUGGACCUUGAACAAAGGUAGGAAGAGCAAAAGUCUGAGUUCCACUGCUGAAAAAACAAAGGGGAGGGAGAAAUGAAAGAGGAGAAUUGGACCAAGUCCUACAGACUUCUGACUUCUAUAUUGAUUUAUGUGAAGUUAAGAAAACAAAAGUUUUUUUUUUUUUUAAUUCCUCCCCCAGCGGUUGGAUAAUGUCUUCAAAUAUGACAAAACUAGUCUACAUGGAGUUUGAUUAUCUUCUCUCACUAUAGCUAUUUAUUGAGUGUUUCAUGUGUGCCAGGCUCUGUAUGAUAAGUACUUUUCCUGUCAGCUCUUAUCCUGACAAGAGCUGUGCAAAAUAACUGCUGCUAUAUCCAUUUUCAGAUGAAGAAACUGAGGGUCAGAGAGCAAAAGGUGAAGGGUUCAGUGUUACUGAGAGAUGGAGACAGAGUUCAAAGUCAUGUCUAUCUAAUUCUGAGACCUUUCUUUUUGUAUGCUAGAGUUUUAGGGGGUUCUUUUUUAUUUUGUUUUUAAUUCAGGGCAAAAGUAGAGGAGGGAAAGAAAAAUGACUUAUUUGAAGUCAACACUGAUCUGAAAAAAUCAAGAGGCAAAAUAGAUGAUCUAGAGAAAAUAAAUCCUUUAUUUUCCUUACUAUAAGUUAAUUUUUAAAAAUUUAAAGAAAAUUUGUCUUACUAUUCAGACACUCAAAUAAUUGGAUUCAACUGCCAAAUUAGUGAUUUUCAACAUUCUGAAAGAUGUGAUACCCUAUUAUGCUUUUUUUUCUCCCUGUGAUACACUUGCUCUAAUCUACCCUAUAGUGUUGUAUGGUAAACUUUAACAUUUAAAAUAGUUUUGAGAAUUUAUGAAGCAUAAAGUUAGGAUGCUGUAAAAUUAGGACUGAGAAUUUUUGCAUGGAGAAAAAUUACCUUUCUUGUGUAAAAGUAAUUUUUUUUUAACAUGAUGAGAUGAAAACAUCAUUUGAUUGAGUGUACUCUAUAAAUAAAUUUAUAUAGAGGACUCUUAUUACUCAAUUCUGGUAUAUUAACUGGAGAACAUAUCUGAAAGUUAGAACAAAAUUUGAUCAGGUAGCAGUUUUCCCCAAGAUGCUCUAAGUAUGGUUAACUAGCAACUCAGAAAUCCUGUUUUUCUGGCCAUAAGUUGAAUGUCUUAGAAUAAUGAUUUUAAAUUUUAAAGGAGAGAAAGCUCAAGGGUACAUAUAUAUGUGGUCUAAUAUUCAUAUAUUUAGGAAUGAUACUCUCACUCAUGUUUUUCAGCUAAGACCGUGAUGCUUUGCCAAGCUUGCUGGAGUUAAAACCUAUACUCACACACCCUAGAUUGUUAGUCACUUCAGUAAUCAGAUGAGACAUAAUUUUUUAUGAUCUUACAACACAUUCAAGUAAUUGCAUAGUUCCAUUCAUACGUAGCCAGUUCCUAAAUGGCAGGAUGUAUCGCAAAGUGAGUAAGAGUAAUUCUAAGAAGAACAUGACUAGUUGCUUCAUGUCAGGGGGUGAAGAUCCUGUAGAACCGUGCUCCUCAGAGGUCAGCCUUCCUCUGGCACCCUUAAGCCACUUUCAAAUAUGGCUGAUCCUACCUCAGUUCAUCCUAUUCUUUGGGAUUACUCUGAACCAGAAGGAGUUAGAUUGAUUCAUAUUGACCUCAACUUUGGCAUUAAUCAUGAUAAGUUGAUUUCUUUAGGAUUGUGUACCGUGUAGGGUUGCACACACCGUGCUUUUUUUUCAAUCAGUGUUAUGGUUUGGUUUGGAAAGGAUUUCUUCCUCCUGUCUUUUCAGUUCUCUCUGUCCGGUGCACACUAAGGGGCUACGUUGCAUGUAAACAGAGCUGAGGCAUUCAGUCCAAUAUGAAUUUCAGUCCUUGUGGAAACACAGUCUAUCAGGAGGUUUGAAAUAUGGCUUAAACUCAGAGGGGCCCGGUCCUGGAAGCCCCAAACAUACUCUCCUCAGUCUCCUAAGAAGCAGCAUUUUCCAAAUCAGAUUUUGCUUCAGAACCCUCUCAAGGCACUUAUAAAAACAACAGGUCGCAGGUUUUACUUAAUCCGGUUGAAAUCCUUCCAGCUACAAAACUUAAAAUGGAAGAACAGCCGGAAACUAGUUUAUGAAUUCGUUCAUUCAUUCCGUCAACAAAUAUUUUUGAACAGAGAAGGUACAUAUUUGUGUGCCUAGCUGUGUGCUAAGUGCUGAAGAUAUCCAGUUUUAAAUAGAAAUGGGUUUUACCUUUAGGAAAUUAUGGUCUGGUGAGAAUUAAGUGGGGUAAAUGAAUGGGUAAAGAAAGAAGGUGCCAUGGCACAGAGCGAGGAGCAUUUAACUGCUUAUGAGGCUCAAAGGAGGUGGUUGGGGACCGGAGUGUGCUGGGCAGAGAAAGGCAUUCGAUGCAGACACUAGCCUGUGCAAAGGUGUGGAGAUGUGAGAGAAGACGGCUUAUACUAGCAAGUGUAAGUUGCUCUGUGUGUGUAUGAGGAGUGAGAAGACAUGAAGUAAAUGAUGGAGAAAAACACAAGAAAAAUUCCCAGCAUUAAAGGACAUGCAUUACAGUCUGAAAGGAUAAUAAGUAUGCUACAGUGACUGAAAAAGACUCACCCCAACCAUGUCACUAGUAAACACAAUUAGGAUUCUGGAAAUGAAAAGAUGAUCCUAAAAGCUUUCAAAGAGAGCAAAAAUAAUAUAAAAAGGGUUAAUACUAGAGUAGCAGCAGACUGCUCAAUUUCCACAUUAGAAACUAGAAGGCUGUGAAGUACUACUUUCAAAGUUAUAAGGAAAAUAAUUCCUGCCUAGAAUUGCAUAUCCAGCCGGGCUAUCAAUUAAGACAUUUUAGGACACUCAGAUUCUCUAAGAGGUUACAUCUGUGCAUUCUUAGGUAGCUGCUGGGGGGAUGUACGCUACCAAAACAAGAGCCUAAAAAGAGAAGUCAGAAGAUCCAAGAAAUGGGGUCCUGUAGAGGAAAAAGGCGAUGUAGAUUCUUAGGACCAUGGUGAAGGGAAGUCCCAGGACAAGUCAGGCCUAGAGAGCAACCAUUCUAGAUUGAAUCAGGAUAAAGGGUCCAAGGGAAAUGUCCGCAAGAAAAAAUAGAAAUGAAAAAAAUGACCUGAUAUUUUUGCCAAAUUGAGAGUUUUACGUUUCUUAGGGGUGUUUGAUGAGGUGAAUAAGUGAUACCAAAACCAAAUCUAUUGCUGUUGAGUUAAUUCCGACUCUAAAGGACAGAGUAGAACUGCCCCAUAGGGCUUCUAAGGCUGUAAUCUUUACAGAAACAGACUGCCACAUCUUUCUUCCGUGGACCUGCCUGGUGGGUUUGAACCGCCAACCUUUUGGUUAGCAACCAAGCUCUUAACCAGUGCGCCACUAGGGUUCUGAGUAAGUAAUACCAAAAACCGAUUGUCGUUGAGUUGAUUCCGACUCAUAGUGACCCUAUAGGACAGAGUAGAACUGCCCCAUAGGGUUUCCAAGGAGUGAUUGGUGGGUUCGAACUGGUGACCUUUUGGUUAUCAGCUGAAUGCUUAACCACUGUGCCAUCAGGGCUGCCCAGGUAAGAGAUAGGUGUAUAAAAAAUUGAGCAAACAGCAAAAGACAAAACAGGGCAAUUAAUAACUCUAGAAGAAACAAAAAGUUAUCUAAGAAAGGAGAUAUAGUCAUUGAAUCCCUCAUGGCACUACUGGGAAUAACAUUUACUUUGCAGACUUCUGCAAACUUUGAAUGUUGAUUUACCCAAAAUUUACAAGAUAGUUGGAGGCUGCAAGGAUUAUGAAAAAAAAAAUCCUUACCUUCCAUACCCAGAUUCAAACUGCCAUCUUUUUUGGUUAGCAGCCAAGGUCUUAACUUCUGCACCACCAGGAUGCCAUAUCUUCUAUAGGAAGAAGUUAAUACAUAAUAUCUAAAUUGGAAAAAAACCAAGAAAUAGCAAUAUAAGCACAUUAUUUAUAAAUAUGGAGGUAAAUGCCAGAAGAAAAUACUAAAGGAGUCGACAGCACAAUACUUUUGUUUAGACUGUCAAUCUAAAUUAUCUAAACUUUGGAGUAUAAACAAACAACUCUUCCUCUCUCUUGCCUUCUCCCCAGAGUAGAGCAGGGUUUGGUUAGACUUCACGUAAGAAAUCAGCAUUCGUCAGUGACCUGAUGUUCCUAAAAAGGAAUUGCUGGUCAGCUGCACAUUAAGAUCUCUGAGCAGACUAUAUACCAAAAAAACAAAAAACCAGACCCAUUGCCGUUAAGUCGAUUCCCACUCAAAGCGACCCUGUAGGACAGAGUAGAACUGCCCCAUAGGGCUUCCAAGGAGUGACAGGUGGAUUUUGAACUGCCAUCCUUUUGGUUAGCAGCUGUAGCUCUUAACCACUGUGCCACCAGGGCUCCAGACUGUGUAUAUCACCCACCAAAGCCUUGAGUUGUUUAUGGAGGAAUUAUGUCAAUUUAUAUAUAUAGAAGCUGCCCCUGCCCCCUUUUUUAUUUUGAAAAGUCAAAACUCACAGAAGUUUGGAAAGAACAGUAAAAUACUCAUAUACCUUUCACGUAGAUUAGUUGUUAGUAUUUUGUCACAUUUGCUUUCUCUCUCUUUCUACACAAAUACCCUUUUUUUGGAAGGGACACUGAACCAUUUUAAAGUUGUAGAAAUUGUAGAUAUCAUGCUUUAAUGCUCCCGUAUAUAUUUCCCAAGAAAAGGACAUUCUCUUACGUAACCAAAACACCGUUAUUUACUAUGGGUAAAAUAAUGUUACAUAAUGUAUAAUUAGUAUUGCCCUAAAAUCUCAAUAGUACCGUAAUAAUUUUUUUUCUCUUAAUCCGGAAUCCAGUUAGGCAUCACUCAUUGCAUUUAGUCAUCAUGUUUAAGUUCCUUUUAUGCUAGAAGUUUCUCUGUCCUUUUUUUUUUUUUAAGUCUUUCAUGACAUGACAAUUAUGAAGAGCUGAGGCCAGUUUUGUAGACUGUUCUACGGUAUGGGUUUUGUCUUUUUGCUCCCUCAUUGUAAAACUUUGGCUAAUAAUUUUAGCGAGAAUAUGUGUACACAUUUAUUGAUCCACCAGUUUUUAGAUUUUUAUGUAGGUGCAAGACUUUAGCCCAUUGUUUUGCUUGUUGGUUGGUUUUUCCUGCUAACCUAUGGUUUAGCGCAGAGUAUUAAAAGAAUGACCAUUUACCUGGAGAAUAGUAAAACUCCUUAGACUAAGGAAAAUAUCACUGCAGUAAUCUCUGGGAGGGGUAAUCAGUUCCCCUGGAAACAAGCAUAAUAUUUUUUUUAAAAACAUUCUUGGCAGUGUUCUUUGGAUGAUUUAAUACAUUGGGUUUUUAAUCAAGGGCAAAUUUUCUACUCUUUAAUUAAGUUCUGCUACAGUAUAUAGCCCAGAGCGUCACUUCUGGGAAAACACUUGGCCAGCUUUUCUGUCAUCGUGAAGCUGAAAGUUUGCUUUUGGAAUCUAAACACUGGAUGUGUGUUCAGUUUGCACAUCCUUGUGCCAGGAUGUUCAGUUGCUUAGGUUAUGUGUAUUUUGUGUGAAGUGAGUGCAACGUGGAGAGAUGGCAUGCUUCAGAUGCCAGAAGAGCUAUGCAAGCUUGCUGUUGAAAGCACGCUUCCUGAUUGUCAGGGCUUCAUGAUAGGAGACCUGGUGACACAGUAGCCUUUACGCAGAGCUCCUCCGGAUGUGCAGGAAGUGCCGCUAUAGGUUUUGUCAGGGGGGAAAUCUGAGCCAUUUUUCUGUGGACAGCUGGGUUUCAAGGUCUGGACAAGUUGCUGUUCAAUUUUGCACAGGCUGCCAGGAUUUUGUGGAAGUAUACUACUUUGUCAUUAUGAGAUGUCGUCUCUCGGUACCUCCUUUGUGCAAAUUAAAUUUGAUGACUUGCAGUUUUUUGAAAACUGCGGUGGAGGAAGUUUUGGGAGUGUUUAUCGAGCCAAAUGGAUAUCACAGGACAAGGAGGUGGCUGUAAAGAAGCUGUUGAAAAUAGAGAAAGAGGCAGAAAUCCUCAGUGUCCUCAGUCAUAGAAACAUCAUCCAGUUUUACGGAGUAAUUCUUGAACCGCCCAACUAUGGGAUCGUCACAGAAUAUGCUUCUCUGGGAUCACUCUAUGAUUACAUUAACAGCAAUAGAAGUGAAGAGAUGGACAUGGAUCACAUUAUGACCUGGGCAACCGACGUAGCCAAAGGAAUGCACUACUUACAUAUGGAGGCUCCUGUCAAAGUCAUUCACAGAGAUCUCAAGUCAAGAAAUGUUGUUAUAGCUGGCGAUGGAGUACUAAAGAUCUGUGAUUUUGGCGCCUCUCGGUUUCAUAACCAUACAACACACAUGUCCUUGGUUGGAACUUUCCCGUGGAUGGCUCCAGAAGUUAUCCAGAGUCUCCCUGUGUCUGAAACUUGUGACACAUAUUCCUAUGGUGUGGUUCUCUGGGAGAUGCUAACAAGGGAGGUCCCCUUUAAAGGUCUGGAAGGAUUACAAGUAGCUUGGCUUGUAGUGGAAAAAAACGAGAGGUUAACCAUUCCAAGCAGUUGCCCCAGAAGUUUUGCUGAACUGUUACAUCAAUGUUGGGAAGCUGAUGCCAAGAAACGGCCAUCGUUCAAACAAAUCAUUUCGAUCCUGGAGUCCAUGUCAAAUGACACUAGCCUCCCUGACCAGUGUAACUCAUUCCUGCACAACAAGGCAGAGUGGAGGUGUGAAAUCGAGGCUACUCUUGAGAGGCUAAAGAAACUGGAGCGUGAUCUCAGCUUUAAAGAGCAGGAGCUUAAAGAACGAGAAAGACGUUUAAGAAUGUGGGAGCAAAAACUGACAGAGCAGUCCAGCGUCCCGCUGCUGCCUUCCUUUGAGAUUGGUGCAUGGACGGAAGACGAUGUGUACUUUUGGCUUCAGCAGGUCGUCAGAAAAGGUGAUUCUUCAGAGGAGAUGAUUGUAUACCCAAGCUUGUUUAAGGAGAACAACAUUACAGGGAAGCGGCUGCUGUUUUUGGAGGAAGAAGACUUGAAAGACAUGGGUAUUGUCUCCAAGGGGCAUAUCAUUCAUUUAAAGUCAGCGAUUGAGAAAUUAACCCACAAUUACCUAAACUUUUUUCACUUUCCACCACUAAUUAAGGACUCAGUAGGUGAACCUGAAGAAAAUGAGGAAAAAAUAGUGAAACUUGAACUUGUUUUUGGUUUUCACCUGAAACCUGGAACUGGCCCACAGGACUGUAAGUGGAAAAUGUAUAUGGAGAUAGAUGGGGAUGAAAUUGCAAUAACCUACAUAAAAGACGUGACAUUCAACAUGAACCUACCUGAUGCAGAGAUUUUAAAGAUGACAAAGCCCCCAUUUGUAAUGGAGAAGUGGAUUGUAGGAAUAGCAGACGAUCAGACUGUGGAGUGCACUGUCACAUACGAGAGUGAUGUUAGAACUCCAAAGAGCACCAAACACAUCCAUUUGAUUCAGUGGAGUAACACAAAACCUCAGGAUAAAGUGAAAGCAGUCCAACUUGCCAUUCAGACAUUAUUCUCCAACUCAGAGGGCAACCCAGGAAGCAGGUCUAACUCAAAUGCUGAUUGCCAGUGGUUAGACACUCUGAGGAUGCGCCACAUCGCAUCCAACACUUCCUUACAGCGUUCCCAGAGCAAUCCUAUCCCGGAGUCCCAAUUCUUCUCCUACUUAGAAAACCAGGGUUCCUACGCUGCUGCUGUGCGGCGUACCCCGCCAUCCAGUAAGUAUCAGCAGAUCACACCUAUCAGCCAGUCCAGAAGCUCCUCUCCCACCCAGUAUGGACUCACCAAAAACUUCUCUUCUCUACAUCUCAACUCCAGGGACAGUGGCUUUUCCAGUCUUAAUACUGACAGCUCUUCAGAGAGAGGUCUAUACUCAGGUAGAAGCAGGGACAGGUACAGUCGUGGUAGCGUUUCACUCAAUUCUUCUCCCAGAGGGAGAUAUGCUGGGAAAAGCCCGCAUUCCACGCCUUCCAGAGAAAGAUACUACAGGAUUUCUCAGUCAGUGCUUCAGACUCGCCAGUCACCUGCCUUCAAGCAGAGCCCAAAUCAUCAACCCAGGACAAUACCAGGGAUGCCUUUGCAUACUGAGACAAGAGCCAGUGAAGAGGAGAGUAAAGUCAGUGAUGGAUGGGUUAAAGUGGAAUACCGGAAGAAACCCCACAGGCCCUCUCCUGCCAAGACUAACAAAGAGCGAGCCAGAGGAAACUACCGUGGACGGAGAACCUUUUGAUGAAUAAAAAACAAACCAAACCCGUUGCCGUUGAAUGUAUUCUCAUUCAUAGAGACCCUAUAGGACAGAGAAGAACUGCCCCAUAGGGUUUCCAAGGAGCAGCUGGUGGAUUCAAACAGCCAGCCUUUUGGUUAGCAGCCAAGAUCUUAACUACAACGCCACCAGGGCUCUUUUUCAUGAAUGAAACUAGUUAAAUUUUCUAAAUGUUUUUUCUUUUCUUUUUUUUUUUAAAUGUUAUGGGUUUUGAUAAUAGGUUGCCUUGAGAUGGAAUUAACAAAAAAAACCAGCUGUUCCAUUGUUUGGAUUUGGGAAAUACCUUCUAAUUUGACACUCUAGUCAAACCAGGGCCAAAAUGAUGGAUGUUGGUUACCAACUUUGUUCUCACUUAGGAAGUGCCCAGUGAUGGUAGCUAGAUUUGAACAUAGCUAUACAUAUUUUUCCCUCUGAAAGUUGACAUUUCCAGAGAAGAGCAUAUGCCAUCUUUUUACUCAACCACUAAUGUUCCGGUGCACAGGGCCAGGGUGAGGCAGGGGAGGCACUCAUUGCAGAUGCAAAAUUUAAGAUAAAUAAUAUUUUACUAUGAUAUAUUUUAUUUAAAUUUUUUAAUUUUCUAAAUGAAAACGAAUGCAAAAAUCCAUGAUGAACAACAACCAAAAAAAAAAAAUUCUAAAUAAAAAAACAGGAUCAGUAUUAUUGAUUUUUUCUUUUGCUUCACUCACUGCUUGAUAAGAUAUGGUCACUUUGUCUUAGUGAAUACUGGUAUAACACAAAUACCACAAGUGGGUGGCUUCAGAGAACAGAAAUUUAUUUUCUUACAGUUCAGGGGCUAGAUGUCCAAAUUCAGGGUACUGGUUCUGGGGGAAGAUCCUUGUCUCAGCUUCUGUAGCCCCUGCGUUCCUUGACUCUUUGGCGAUCUUCACACGGCAUCUAUCUUCCCCCCGGUUUGUGCUUGCUUGUCUGUGUCUGUUUGCUCUUUUUAUUACUCAGAAGUGAUUAGGUUUAGGACACACCCUAUACUGGUAUGGUCUCAUUAACAUAGCAUUAGAUCAAAUUAUGGAAAGUGAUUACAUUAUAUCUACAUUUUAUAGGGAUUAGGAUUCCAACACAUAUUUUGGGGGGACAGAAUUCAAUCCAUAACACUGCCCUUAUCUUUAUUUAAAAUUUUGGUAUUUUGCUCAUCAUGGAUUUUUUUUUUUGCAUUACUUCUCAUUUUUUAAAUAUUACAAUAAAAUAUUUUUUUUAUUACCGAUUUUUUAGCACCCCCUUAAAUGUCAUACCCAAGGUGAGUGCCUUGCUUGCCCCACUCUAGUCUUGGCACUGCUGGUAAGUAUUUAUUUUAGUGUGAUGUUUGUGACUUUAUCAUGGUCAGAAAAACCCAUUGCUGUUGAGUUGAUUCCAACUCAUAGCGACCCUAUAGGACAGAGUAGAACUGCCCCGUAGAGUUUCCAAGGAGUGCCUGGCGGUCAGAGCUGAAAUAAUUUGGCAUGACACUUUUGGCAAUAAUAAAGUUUAGUGAACUUAAUGUUGAUUAUGAUGCAUACCUCGUUCAUUAAAAUCAUCAGAAACCAAAGAUCUAAAUUGCCUAGGAGACUUGUGGUUGUUUCUUUCCCUAAGCUCCCAGGGACUGCUUUUGGAUCUUAUUUUCUACAUUUUACCAAAGGAGAACCAAAAGAGAAAAACAGCCUUCCAUAAAGGCCUCUUGGGAUGACAGAAAUCUAAAAUCUGAAAGAAAACACACACAGAGCAAGAUGAUAAUGUCACAAGCUAAAAGCCAGAGAAAUUUAAAAUUACCAACGGCCUUGUUAGAGCAAGACAGUAAAUACCAGCCUUGCAGCAAGAAAGCUGUAAGCAGCUGGGGGUAAAGAGGUAAAAUGGUGGGGGUGGGAGGAAACUGCCUGCAAGAUUGUACAGGGCUUAUGGAAUCCAACUUGUGAAAUGCUUGACGUUUUACAAAUCAAUAAGUCAGGUGGCAAGCAAACUUGACUAUAUAUCGAAUAAACAAAUGUUACCUUCAACAUGUUCUGAGCAUUCACUAGCCCUGAAUAUCAAGCGUCCUUUGCCCUGCAUCAGAUUCUCAAGCUCUACAGCAAUCUAAAUGACGCACUGGUAAUUCUGUGGGGCCAAGUUCUCUUUUAAUAGAAACCAAUCAUCAGAAUACAUGCAUAUGUUCCCAGAGUAACGGCCCUGCUCUGAUACGGUGCUUGGGGCCUCAAGGGGAAAACUGUAUUACAGGCUGGAUGAUACGGUGUAAAACAAUUUGGGUAGCAUUAAAGACAAGGUUAUAGGAAAUGACCUUGAUUUAUGAAGGAAGCUGUCAUGGCCUAAACAUCAAUUUCACAACUUGUUUUUAUCCAAGUCUUAUUUUUUUGCCAUCAACAUUUACAGGAAACCCUGGUGGCAUAGUGGUUAAGUGCUACAGCUGCUAACCAAAGGGUUGGCAGUUCAAAUCCGCCAGGCGCUCCUUGGAAACUCUAUGGGGCAGUUUAACUCUGGCCGAUAGGGUCGCUAUGAGUCGGAAUCGACUGGACGGCACUGGGUGGGCAGCAUUUACAAGUGAAAGCAAUGGGAAGUGGUGAAAUCAGAUAAUGGUGUACCCUUCUAUCAUGGGUAACCAACUUUUCCUAAGGUUUUAAGCUCCCCUGUGAUCCUUUUUCACAAAGCCUAUAUCGGCUACAGUCUGUUUGCAGUUACUUUCGUUCUUGUCCUUUGUUUAUGCUUAAAUUUAAAGAAAAGUAGGCUAAAAUAAAAUAUGCUAUCUUAAUAGCAUGUUACUUCCAAGUAAGCAAUAAAAUAUUUUCUUAGAUUAGAAUUUUUGGAUAAGAAGCUGAACGUAGAGUCUGACUGAGUCCCUCUGAAAUGAACAUAAAGUGUGGCUUUAAUUAGUCAACCAAACGCACAUUCUGAGGAAUUAUUGGAGACUCUGGCGUAAACAGUGUUAUCCAAGUGAUUGCUUGUUUUAUGCUCUUUUCCUUGUCCUUCUUUCUUGGGCCGUGGGUUAGAGAAGCCAAGCUGGUAGUAAAAUGGCUUAAUGGUCUCAGCCCUAGUGAGUGUAGUAGGUGACCACAAGGAGGUUAUGCCAACAGCCCAUAAAACUGACUACUUUGUAAUAGCUCAUGGAAUAAGACUUGACAGCAUCGAUGUUAGUCAAAAUUAGAAUAAGGACAUCUGGAGUGAGCUGCUUGACUGUAAAGAAAUAAUCAGAGUUGGAUGUUCUUUUUGACUUUUUUUUCCCUCUAAUGAUGCUUACUCACCAAAGGUUGCUUGCCAGGUUGAAAGAUGAAUAUAACUCAAGAACAGGGCAGGGAUUAACCAGAUUUUUUUUUUUUUUCCAUCAAAACAGAUCAGUUGCCAACAAUGAGGGAACUGUAUUAGUUGGAAGAGGCUGAGGUUAAUACAAAAAGGACAUUUUAGGAGAAAAAAAAUCAUUGUAGGAGCAAAUCAGGAGAGUAUUUUUUGGAUGGAGCGUCUCUAAAUGUGGGAAUUUGGUGGCCUUUCUGCAGCUCAAAUCUACCAGGCACUCCUUGGAAACCCUACGGGGCAGUUCUACUCUGUCCUUUAGGGUUGCUGUGAGUCAGAAUCAACUCGACAGCAAGGGGUUUGGUUUCGGUUUUGGAAGGCCUCUGAGGCAGUGGCGGUUCAAUGGUAGAAUUCUCACCUUCCAUUUGGGAGACCCAAGUUAGAUUCUGGCCAACACACCUCCUGUGCAGCCACCACCCGUCUGUCAGUGGAGGCUUGGGUGUUGCUGUGAUACUGAACAGGCUUCAGCAGACCUUCCGGACUAAGGCAGACUAGGAGGAAAGUCCUGGAGAUCUAUUUCCAAAACCAGCCAAUGAAAACACUAUGGAUCACAACAGUCUGACAGUCUGAUCUGCAACAAAUCAUGUUGAUGGUGCAGGACCAGGCAGUAUUCUGUUCUGUUGUGCAUGGGAUUGCCAGGAGUUGGGGCUGACUCGAUGGCAGCUAACAAGUCAGCUUCUGAUCUAAUCUUGAACUGCUAAAUAUAGCUUGGCUGCUACUAUAGAAAACCCCAAACCACCAAACCCAUUGCUGUUAAGUCAGUUCUGACUCAUAGUAACCCUAUAAGACAGAGUAGAACUGCCCCAUUGGGUUUCCAAGGCUAAAAUCUUUACAGAAGCAGACUGCCACAUCUUUUGCCUACAGAGUGGCUGGUGGGUUCGAAUCAUGGACCUUUUGGUUAGCAGCUAAGUACUUACCCACUGUGCUGUCAGGGCUCCUUGCUACUUUAGAGACAGUCAUUAUUCUAGGCACAGCCCCUGCAAAGCAGGAUGUUUCCCUUUAUGCACAAAACAACUGGAUUAGCAAUACAAUAGACCUAGCCUGAAUUAUCAAUAAUCCCAAAUAUGUAAAUGAAAACUGGAGAUUAUUUUCAAGGACUACUUUAGAAAUAAAUAUAAACUGUCAAUUGUUUCAACUAAUUCAUAAUGAAUAUGGCUCGUAAAAAUAAACAAUGAAACUGCAGUGUUUGAAACUUUUCGCCAUAAAAUUUAGAACAAGAAAUCGAAUGUGGAAAAGCUGAAUUAAGAAACAAUGGCCACAAAAGAAAACUCACAGUGACAGAAGCUGUGACUGGUAAAAUGUUAUAUGAACAACAAAAUGAUAUACCAAAUUGUCUUAGUCAUCUAGUGCUGCUGUAACAGAAAUACCACAAGUGGAUGGCUUUAACAAAGAGAAGUUUAUUCUCUCACAGUCCAGUAGGCUAGAAGUCCGAAUUCAGGGUGCCGGCUCCAGGGGAAGGCUUUCUCUCUCUGUCGGCUCUGAAGGAAGGUCCUUGUGAUGUAUUACUCUUCCCGUGGUCUGGAAGCAUCUCAGCACAGGAACCUCAGGUCCAAAGGAUGUGCUCUGCUGUUGGCAGUGCUUUCUUGGUGGUAUAAGGUGUCCAUGUCUUCCUGCUUGCUUCUCUCUUUCGUAUCUCAAAAAAGAUUGGCUUAAGACACUACCUAAUCUUGUAGCCCUCAUCAAUAUAAUUGCCACUAAUCCAUCUUGUUUCAUCAUAGUGGUAGGAUUUACAACACACAGGGAAAUCACAUAAAAUGGAGGACAAUCACACAAUACUGGAACUCAUGGCCCAACUAAGUUGACAGGUAUUUUGGGGGAACACAAUUCAAUCCAUGACACAAAUCUUCUUUGUAAAAUUUAAAUGAAAAAGAACUGAACCCAUGGGGAGAAAAUUAGCACAAUAAAACAUUUAAUGUAAAAAUUUAUUAUGCUGGAUAGAAAACUAAUCAGGAAAUACAUUGACAUAAAGAUGUUUACUCCAUGAAACUCUUAUUUGACAAAAACUCAUUCCUUAAUAUUUAUAUAAUUCUGAUCAAAAUACGUUAGCCAUAAAUGUUUUUCUUGUUAGCUGCUGUGAUGGUUAAGGUCGUGUGUCGACUUGGCUGGGCCAUGAUUCUCAGUGGUUUGGUAGUCAUAUGAUGUUGUGAUCACCUCCAUGAUGGAAUCUGCUGUGAGUAGCCAAUCAUUUGAAAGGGAGUGUCUUUGGGCAUGUGGCCUGCAUCAAAUAUAAGUGGACAUUCUGGCAAGGACUCUCAGGGACUUUUGCUGGCUCUGGAUCCUGCAGCUGGCUUCUGUUCUUCUGACCCCUGGUUCACAGGACUUAAGCUAGCAGCUUAACUUGUGGUCUUGCCUGUCAAUCUUGGGAUUCAUUGAGCUUCUCAACCUGUGAGUGAGAGCUCUGCUCUCUGACCUGCCAAUCUUGGGUUCUCCAGUCCCUGCGACUACGAGAAUCAGAAGUCUCUAUCCUGACCCAUGGACUUGGGGCAUUCAAGCCUCUACAAUCACGUGAGCCAUUUCCUUCAUAUAAA